AUGGAUAAGACAAUGGAUUCACCAACGGAUGGAAGUCCCCUAUCAGAAGCUGAGGGUUUUGUAGAAAGUGAAACAGACUAUUCCAGCAUCAGGGGGAAGAUGAUUCUGGUAAGUCCCACAGCCGAUGAGUAUGAUCUUCUGAGAAAACAACUUCUGGAAAGGUUAGAGGCUGGCAAUGGAGAGAUCAUAUACGAUAUUGGACAAGGAGAAGACGGCAAGGGCUUGAACGAAGACGAGUACAGCGCGUCCGUCGCGACGCUCCAGUCGCUGGUGAGCGGCGAGCGAGUGUCGUGCGUCGAGCUGCGCCGAUGGGAGUGCGGCUCCGGCCUGGUGGGCCAGUACCUCCUGCGCACCGAGCUCGACCACACAGACUUCAUGGAGAUCCGAGUGGCGGUGGUGGGGAACGUGGACGCGGGGAAGUCCACCCUGCUGGGGGUGCUGACCCACGGCGAGCUGGACAACGGGCGGGGGCACGCGCGCCAGCGCCUCUUCCGCCACAAGCACGAGCUGGAGAGCGGCCGCACCAGCUCCGUCGGCAACGACAUCCUCGGCUUCGACAGCAUGGGCAAUGUGGUUAACAAACCUGAUCACGGGACAUUGGAUUGGGUGAAGAUUUGCGAGAAGUCGUCUAAAGUUAUCACGUUCAUCGACCUAGCCGGCCACGAGCGGUAUCUCAAGACUACCGUCUUUGGCAUGACGGGACACGCUCCAGACUUUGGCAUGCUCAUGAUCGGCGCCAAUGCAGGUAUCGUGGGUAUGACGAAGGAACACCUUGGCUUGGCGCUAGCGUUGUCCGUGCCAGUGUUUGUGGUGGUCACUAAGAUUGACAUGUGCCCGCCCAACGUGCUACAGGAUAAUUUGAAAAUGCUGAUUAGAAUUUUGAAGUCUUCCGGAUGCAGGAAAGUGCCUGUGAUGGUGAAAACGAAGGACGAUGUUAUAGUCAGUGCUACGAACUUUGUAUCGCAGAGGCUAUGUCCUAUUUUCCAAGUUUCAAAUGUGACCGGUGAAAACCUUGAGCUACUGACAAUGUUCCUUAACCUUCUGAAAACCCGUAUGCCCUCACAAGACGACAAGCCCGCUGAGUUCCAGAUAGACGACACUUACUCAGUACCUGGCGUGGGGACGGUGGUGUCGGGCACGACGCUGGCGGGCACGAUCCGGCUGAACGACACGCUGCUGCUGGGCCCCGACGCGCUGGGCCGCUUCGCGCCGGUGGCGGUGCGCGGCAUCCACCGCAAGCGGAUGCCCGUGCCCGAGGUGCGCGGCGGACAGACGGCCAGCUUCGCCCUCAAGAAGAUUAAACGCUCACAGAUACGCAAGGGUAUGGUGAUGGUCUCGCCUGCGCUGAAUCCGCAGGCCUGCUGGCAAUUCGAAGGCGAAAUCCUUGUACUGCACCACCCCACCACCAUUUCGUCUAGAUACCAAGCUAUGGUGCACUGCGGCAGUAUCAGGCAAACCGCGUCAAUCCUCUCGAUGUCGCGCGACUGUCUGCGCACCGGCGAUAAGGCGCUGGUACGAUUCCGGUUCAUCAAGCACCCGGAGUAUCUCAAGCAUGGACAACGCAUGGUGUUCCGCGAGGGUCGCACGAAAGCGGUGGGCAAUGUGCUGCGGCCGGAACCCGUGGCUGCCGGCAGGGCGGCGCCGCCGCGCCACAAGCACGACCUCCACCAGCCGCAGAGCCAGCACAACCAGCAGAGGCGCCAGCCCGACCACGAACAACAGGACAAAGAUGCUGACGUAACGGCUGUUGAUUCACCAUUUGAAGUGCAAGCGGACAAACGUAGUGCUGGCGGGGGACGGCGCCCACGCAAGAGACACGACAAGACCAGCCAGCAACCACAGCCAGCCGUACAAGCC